AUUUAGCCAUGAACCACUCCUAUGAGACGACAUUUAGAGCAGCAAAUAAUCAAUCUGAAGAUGUUCAGUCAGUGAUAAGCUUCACCGGUUUUGUGACUACUAAUAGCAGUGAUGAUCAGUCUUUGCUUAGCUUUGAUAAGCCAAUGGCUGGCCCUGGCCAGAGGGAUUCAAAUAAUCACACUAAGGAGGAGUACUACAGUAGUUGUGCUACUAAUCCGGAUCAGAGUUAUCCGUGGAAUAAUCAUAAUCCCAGGUUCAGCUCUGAUUAUAAUUGCUUCCAAACAGCUUCUGAUAAAGGAAAUCAACAUGGAGGAUCAGCUGAUGGAUCAUGUGGGUGGUUAUACUCUGAAGCAACUGUCAUUGCUGAUAGCUUUGAGGAAUCUGGAACACAAGAAUCUGCUGGCUUCCAUAAGCGCCCCAUUAUGGGAGAGAAUACUACUCAAGCUCUUAAGAAGCAAUGCACUAGCUCUUCAAAUAAUAAUAAUAAUAAGAAGUCUAAAGUACAGAAACCAUGUCCCUCCAAGGAUCCUCAAAGUAUUGCAGCUAAGAAUCGCCGAGAGCGAAUCAGCGAGCGGCUUAAGAUGCUCCAAGAACUUGUGCCUAAUGGCUCUAAGGUGGAUUUGGUAACCAUGUUAGAGAAGGCCAUUAGUUAUGUCAAGUUUCUUCAGUUACAAGUCAAGGUGUUGGCAACUGAUGAAUUUUGGCCAGUUCAAGGUGGGAAAGCUCCUGAUAUUUCUCAAGUGAAGGAAGCCAUUGAUGCAAUUCUCUCUUCUCAGAAAGACAGAAGUUCAAGCUCAAAGUAGUCGUACCGUUUAAAGAAGUACUAAUUUAUUUUUAAGAAAAACAUAAUCGUAUUAUUAAUUAACAAUGAAAAUCCUUGCAGGCAAAGGAAAAGGCCUUUGUUGUGGAAGUUAGUAGUGGUUGAGUAAAAAAAUAAUCUUAUU